UAAUAAAAGAAUAAAAUUUUUAAGAUGUCAGAUUAACCAGUUCAACCUCCAGAGUAGGGCGCAGAAGGAGAGUAAAAGUCAAAGAAAUAAUUACAAAGAGAAAAAAAGGAAGCAGAGAAGGCUUAGAAGAAGUAGGAGCACCAAUAAGGUCAAAAGCAAUAGCAAUAAUAACAAUAGUAAUAGGUAGUACAAGAGGAGGAUAAUUGUGUUGGAAGGUAUGGAGAUUUGAGUUUGAUUCAAUCACAAGAAAGAACACAGAGAAAAUGGAUCAAAGUCGGUGAUAUCGACUAAACUUUGGUGAAUCAAGUAAUUUUGGUUAGGGCCAGAAUCCACAAUUCAAGAGUCAAGGGAAAGUUGGCUUUCUUGGUUUUAAGAGAGAAUUAUAAUACAAUUUAAGUAGUGGCUGAAAAGGGUGAGUUUGCAAGUGCCCAAAUGUUAAAGUAUAUGUCAGGAAUUCCCCUUGAAUCUGUAGUUGAUAUUGAAGCACUUGUGAAAUAGCCAAAUAAGGAGAUCUUAUCUUGCACCCAAAAAGUGGAAUUGGAAGUGAGAUCAAUCAAGGUAGUCACCAGGUCCUUACCUAUGUUACCAUUUUAAAUUGAAGAUGCCUCAAGAAGAAUCACAGAUUUCGAAGAUGGAGUUUAAGAAUAGAAAUAAGAAGAACCUCAAUAAAAAUAAGAAGAAGUUUAAUAAAAGUAAGAAAAAUAGGAUAAAACUGAAAAAUAACAGAUAUAAGUCAUGUUGAAAACAAGAUUGGAUAACAGAGUUAUUGAUCUCAGAACUCCUGCUAAAUAAGCUAUUUUCAGAGUGCAAUCAGGUAUUGGAUUGUUGUUCAGAGAAUUUUUGGUAGAAAAUGGAUUCAUUGAAAUCCAUACACCAAAAUUGAUUGGAGGAACUUCUGAAGGUGGUACCAACGUAUUUAAGUUGAAAUAUUUCAACUAAGAUGCUUGCUUAGCAUAAUCUCCUCAAUUAUAUAAAUAAAUGUGUUUGAUGGCUGACUAUGACAGAGUCUUCGAAGUAGCCCCUGUAUUCAGAGCUGAGAAUUCAAACACACACAGACAUUAAUGUGAAUUCAUUAGUAUGGAUAUUGAAAUGGUUAUCAAGGAACACUUUACUGAAUUAUUAGAUUUAAUGGGAGAUUUGUGUAUAUAUAUGUUCAAGGGAAUUGAAAAGAGAUACUAAAAGGAAAUAGAAAUCAUUUCUCAAUAAUUCCCAUUUGAACCAUUCAAAAUACCAGAACCAGUACUCAAACUCACUUUCGAGGAAGGUGUCAAGAUGUUACAUGAAGCAGGUGUCAACCAAGACCCCCAUGAUGAUUUAGAUACUGUCAAUGAGAAGACUCUUGGAAAAUUGGUCAGAGAAAAAUAUGGAACUGACUUUUACAUUCUUCACAGAUAUCCAAAGAAGGCUAGACCAUUUUAUACUAUGCCUUGUCAUGAUGAUCCCAACUACACUUUAUCCUAUGACUUUUUCAUGAGAGGAGAGGAAAUCGUUUCAGGAGCUUAGAGAGUGCAUGACCCAGAACUCUUAAUUAAACAAAUUAAAGAGAAAGGAAUUGCUGUUGAACCAUUGAAGGAUUACAUUGACUCAUUCAGAUAUGGUGCUUAUCCUCACGGUGGAUGUGCCUUUGGGUUAGAAAGAGUAGCAUUUUUGUAUUUCAAUCUAAAGAAUAUCAGAAAUGCAUGUAUGUUCCCAAGAGACCCUGUUAGAUUGUUCCCUUGAUAUAAUGGUACAUAAAUAUAAAAGAAUAAAACAUUC